AUGCAAUCCACUUUCCUUUAUCGCGAACCUUCCUACUCAAGCUCUUCCUAUUCCUCUUCUCCCGGCGAUAUGGAUUUCUUUUUCUACGCCCCAACCGUCUAUGACAAGUUAUACGAUGUCGAUCCCAAUUCAUUCCCUUCUACCCCGGAAUUCGCACCAGAAUUUGUCUCGGAGCCAGGAAGCUAUUCUUUUACAAGUGCGCCGACUACCACACAAGCGCAAUAUGUCUAUCCUGGAACUUCGAUCUACGAUACAUCCGUGAUGGCUACUGGGUUUCCCAGCCCCGCCGCUAGUAGUAGUGGGGGAAGUUCAUACGGGAGCAGUUUCAAUAUGCCGGAGGAAGUUCCAAUGCCUAGUUAUCCUAUUAUCCCAGGCGAGGAAUCAGGACCUGAAUCGCCACCCGCACCAUCGAAACCCGCAAAGCCUUUCGCAUGCGAUAACUGCAGCAAGUGCUUCACUCGUUUCGCCGACUUGAAGCGACAUCAAUCCAGUGUCCAUUUCCCUGUCUUCCGCAACUGUCCCGUCGAUCACUGUUCUCGCAAAGGCAGCAACGGUUUCCCGCGCCAGGAUCACCUCGUCGAACACUUGCGUUCUUACCACCAUCUUGAUGUCCCUAAAAAGCGCGCCUUGAAACGCUCUGCCAAGGAAAUGGCUUGA